GAGCUAUGGGGAAUACAGUCAGCAUCUCAGAGAGAACUGAAGAAGACAAUACAUGCACAGUAAAGAGCUAUCAGGCUCUAUCUGAAUCUCCUGACAAUAUCAAGAAUGGAUCUGUUGCAUUUGUUCAGGCUCAUUGUCCUGCAAUGAAUGGUGAAGUGGAUGCAAAGGCGAGUGUUGCACAGGAUAAUGUGGCCGUUUCUUCCCCCAAGACAAUGGAGCAGAGCCUCGGGAGCGCUGCCAGCAGAGCUCUGCCAUCUGCUACACCCCGCUCUGUCUUUGCGUUUGCCUGGGCUGUACCAGGGCGUACCGAAGAUCCAGCUACAGAUUCAUCAGUUGGAGCGGGGAAACUUGAUGUCAGCUCAGAGGCGCCCGGAGUGAACAAAGCACCAAGUGACAGCACGGAGGUUCCCCCAGCAGCUGGGUGGGAGGAAGGAGCACAUAAAAACCUGACCCAGGCCCCGGUGGCACCAUCCCUUCAUGACAUCGGUCUUGUGGCAUCGGUGACACCUGAAGGAGAGGGUGCAGCUGCCUCAAAGCCAAAACAAGUAACCUUCUUUGACAGGAUCUUCAAGCUGGAGAAGGGAAAGGAAAGGAGUAAAGCACAAAUUGAUACCCAGGAGGAAAGGCAGACUUCAGACUUUCCUGACGGGCACAUCACAGUGAAAGAGGCUGCUGGAUUACAGAGCACAUCAAACAGUGUCCCACAGGGGAAGGAGAUAGAUGCCUGCAACCAAAAAGACCUACAGCAGGACUCUGCAGGUGUCAACAGCCUCACUGCUGAGCAAUCUCAAACAGCAGAGGGAAAACAAGAAAGCCCUCAAACAGCUGCUGCAGUAGAUAACUCCAUCAUGAGUUUCCUUAAAACACUGGUCUCCCCAAGCAAAGCUGAAGCCAAAAGUGAUUCUGAAGACAAGGGAUCAAAAGCGGAAAAAGGCCAUGGUGGGCAACCUGCUCUGAAGACAGCACCUGAAUCCCACACUAAAGGAGCCAAGAAAAAGAAGGCAGAGAGUCCCAAGCUAGGACACACUACAUUUAGUAAACUCUUCAGGCAUAAGGCUGCAAAAGAGACCCAACAGACAACUAAUACCAAAAGCAUUGAACAGCAGCCUGUUACCUCUGUAAAAUCAGACAAAAAUGUCCCUUCCUCUCAAGAGGCACAGACAACUAAGCAGAGUACAAAAGCUCCUGAGGCUGCAGCCCAACAGCAGGCAGUGCCCAGCGAUGCCCCCAAAGAGGUGACAAAGGAGAGAUCAUCAUCUGCUCCCAUGCCGCUGAGCAAGCUCUUUUGGAAAAAGAACACAUCGGAAGAAGCGGAGAUGGUAAGCAAUGAGAAAGCAGACAUGUCUUCAGAACCUGCUGCUCCUGACAAGGAUGACAGUAAGAACCCAGAAGCCGCAGAAGUGAAACCCAGAAGAGAAGAAAGUAAAACCCCCAAAGCAAACCUGAGGAAGUUUUUUAAACUGACAUUAAACUCCACAGAGAGGCCAGUUGCCCCAGCUGAAAGUGAACCUGUGGGCCAAAAGAGCAAAGAGAGUUCAAAAGACAAGAAGUCUACAGUGGAGCUGAGCAAGCAGAAAGGCAGCAAACAGGAAACCAGGGAGCAGCCAGACUCCAGGGAGCAGCAAGCAGCCGAGACGGACUCCAUCCAGAACGGAGGAGACGCUUCAAAGGAACCCUCCUUCAAGAAGACAGAGAAGAGGCAGUCACUUGGAGGGUUUUUUAAGGGCCUUGGUUCCAAAAGGACGUCUGAUGCAGAAGUGCAAACAGAUCCAGUGUCUAUCCUACCUGCUGGGAAAUCCAAGUAAUGAAUAUGCUUGGCUGCUGAAGUAUCAGCAGCUCUCUGAGAGCAACCUUGCAGUAGGGAUGACUCAUUAUUUUCCUUUACAUGGCUGUCAUCAAAUGCCUGAGGCUAAAGCAAACACUGGUGUAUCAUUUAAGGUAUAUCAUUUACAGGAUUUCUUCAUUAGAUGUUAGAAAGCAACUCUAAAGGUCAUCAAGCAAUGUGCAGUGUAUUUAAAGAAAGGUCAUGUGGAUGAUUUUAAGUCUAUAGAGGGGUGAGUAUGUAAGAUUAGAAAGUGGCAGUGAAUUAAAUAAAUGGCAGGAAAAAAUGCAUGUGACAAAGGAAUGCAGUUUGUGCAGCAAGGCACGAGCAAUAAAUCCUCAGCUUUAGAGAGCUUUAAAGCAGCCAGGGAAAAAAAAAAUCCCCUUUAGUAAAUGUUAUACUUAAAUGUAAAAACAACCAAGUCACUUUCCAUGGUUUUCGACAGAGCUGAAAUUAGCAAAAAGUCUGCAGUAUAAUAGAAUCAGUGGUUGUAAAGUCGUGCUUCAUAUUGGUUAUUAAUGUAAAUUAAAAAGCUAAAAUGCAAAGGCUUUAUAUGAUUGAGACAACUUCUCUCUUGUCUUGCUGAGGUGGGAUAACAAAUUAAAAACUCUUUCAGGUUCUAAUAGGAACACAAGGGGGCACCCGCGUCCCCACCGCCGUCCUAACUCCGAGGCUGUACCUACAAUCCUGUUAUUAAUGUUUUUCAGAUGAUAGAAAACGUAGGUGUUUCAUCAGAUAUUUGUUGAUAUCCAUACUUGUAAUUAAUCCUAAUAAAAACCAAAAUCAAGGCUGUCCAGGCACCUCCCUGCUUCACAAGGCUCCUGUAAUAACUGUAGUUAAUAAAUUUUACAGAAAGUUAAGAUUUUUGUUUAUUCAGCCCUGGGCUCCCCUGGAUGGGGAAGCGUGGGCCUGACAUUUUAAUCCACACUAGCAUCUGAACGAUACAGUACUGUAUAUUUUGACCUCCUUAUGAUUAAAUAAACAAAUACUUA